AUGACUUCUUCUUCUCCAACUAGUUUUUGUUCUGCAACUUUUCCAUAUGAGAAGCCUCGGUUUCGUCGGUUCCUUCAAGUGAGAUCUCAAGGCUACGGAGAAGAAGGGAAAUCAAGCGAUGUUGUCGACGGGAAUUUGUGCAUUCUGAGGGAAAGGAUACAAGAAAUUAGAGUAAAAGAAAGACUCGAAAAUUGCUGUGUAGCUAAGCAAGGAUGGAAUUAUGCACACGCCUACAAUUAUAAACACAAAAGAGAUGCACAGUUUCUUCUGUUUCUCCAACUUAUUGGCAUAGUUUCUGGGACUUUUAGCCUCGUACUUGUGUGUGGUACCCUUUGCCUCUGCUUAUUUUCCCUUUUAAUUCAUGUCAAUUAA